AUGGCUUCUCGGUCUCCAGCAGCUGUCACUCCAUUCAAAUCUUCGGCCGCGCCCGAGUCGCCCUCGAAAGACGCGACCACCGCAUCAUCACAAACAGUGCCCUUCCCUCCACCCCAGACCUUUGAGAUCAUUCCACCAUUACAUGGAAUUCUUGUUCGCCUUCUCUCUCAAAAAAGAACCUCAGAUGGGGCAGGUGGUCCCCCUGGGGUCACAGGAGCCCCAGACACGUCUGGCGCGCCUGCGCAAUCACAAACUCAGCAGCCAUCAACAGCUGUCCCAGGGGGUGAGAACAACGGCAAUGCCCCAUCAUCACAGGCUGUGCCAGAGGUAGCUGUCCUCGACUCCACUGCCCAUCCGCCGCUCGAUGUCAAAGAUCUCCCGACAGAAACCAGCUCCGUCAAGAUUCGGAUUUCAAAAGCCCGUACCGUAGUGGAAGGGCUACCCGAUGUGCAUCGAUCUGUGGCGGAGCAACAGAAGGAGAUCGAUGGGCUUGAGGACCGUGUGGCCCGUCUGCACUCCGUCAUCUCGGACUUUGGGGCGCGGGCAGGGAUGAACCACGAGGAUAGCACGAAGAUGGUGGAAUACUGA